AAAUGUCCCUCUGAGGUCAGAUAAGCUGAAGGAAGAAGCAGGGUAGCUGGUAGGACCAGGAACAAGUGGAACGUCCCUCACCGACAGGGAAGGAGCCAGAGGGAACACCGGGCCUGAGGGAGGUGGCGUCUUUGGGCUGAGAGGGACUCCGGGAGGCCCCAGCACGGAGCACACCCACCAUGCUGCUCUGCCGCACCCUGCUUCUCCUCGUGGGGCUGUCUGCGUGCGCCGUGGCGGGUGACGAGGAACCGGCACUCGGUGGAACUGAAGCGAGGUCUUGGCUAACCGUGACCCUGGAGGAAGAUGUGAUCCCCAGCAUCCAGCUCCAGCUUCAGGAGGUGCAGAGGGGCAGAGUGAGCCAGUUCUUCGGGCUGAUGGGGAAGCGGGUGGGAGGGGUGCCUCCUAUCCAGCCAGCAAGAACAAACGGCAGGGCAUCAGCGAGGACAGAUGGGCCAGGACCUCCCAGGCAGGAGAGGACCAUCCACGGAAGGCAGAGAGGGUGAGGAGCACAGGUCGGAGUGAGAGCCCCUAUCGCAUGCUGCCCGGAGGAUGAAGCCCCUUCUCCACACCUGGACGUCACAGCUGACCAGCGGGCCAGGCCAGCUCGUGUGUGUGUGUGUGUGUGUCCUGUGUGCAACGCUGGCACGUCCCACCAGGCUCGCCGUGAGCUCAGUGGGGUUCCUUCCUGGACUCUCGGUCUCAAGCAGCGGUCACGCAGAACGUGCACUGUUGUCUCGGUCUCAAGCUGGAGCCACCUUGUCUCCCUCUGCACUCAGAGCUCUUACUUGACUGCAUGGCAGCAUGGAGUCUCACCCCCUUCUCUAUCUCCUGUGCCCAGAACAUAGUAGGGGCUCAAUAAACAAAUGAACAGUCA